GGAAACAGGAUGGCUUAUCGCCUCGGUCUCAUUAAACGAGCAACCCAAUUUUCCUGUGAACAUUUCGUCUUCUACAAGAUGCCAAUUUUCCCUGUGUAACAUCGACAAUAUUUCAAUCAAUCACAUACCUGAUCAGAUGAUUCCUCCCUCCACGAACUUCAUGAACAUGUCACCCCUCUUCUCAUCGCAUUUCUCGAUUUCUUCUUAUCGUAGAGGUUGUGAGAAGCCUCAGAUCAUAACAUAGUCGCGCCCAUACACCGUGCUAAAGUUGUCUGCAUCUGUUAUCGAGAAACUAAUUGUACGAGUCAUUUAGCACAUCCAUCAUGGCAACCGAAGCUCCCAAGGUCACUUUGUACUGGCUCGACAAGUCCAGAGCCCAGCGCUUCAUCUGGCUUCUCGAGGAAUGCAAUGUCGACUACAAGAUCGAAAUCUUCAAGCGUACACCUGAAAUGCUCGCACCUCCCGAGCUGAAGAAGGUGCAUCCUCUGGGCAAAUCUCCUGUCGUUGGCAUCACUGCUCCUGGUAGAACAGACCCUUUGAUCCUCGCCGAAUCUGGUUUCAUCACUGAAUACCUGACCGAGCACUUUGCUCCUCACCUCGCACCCAAGAGAUACGAGGAUGGCAAGGAAGGACCUGGUCUCGAGACUGAAGAGUGGAUCCGUUACCACUUUUUCUUGCAUUACGCUGAGGGCUCUCUUAUGGCACUGAUGGUCACCAACCUCAUUUUCAGCUUCCUUAAAGGCGACAAAAUUCCCUUCUUCAUCCGCCCAAUCACAAACCAGAUCGUUGGCAGAGUGGACAACAUGUACUUCAAACCAAACUUCAAAACCCACUUCGACUUCCUGGAAUCCCAGCUCGCCUCCGCUCCCAAUGGUGGUGGUUUCCUCUGCGGCAACACCCUCACCGCCGCUGAUAUCUUGAUGUCUUUCCCUCUCCAAGCUGGUCAGAAAAGACUGAAGAUUAUUAACGCCACCGAUUACCCCAAGUUGAAUGAUUUCGUCAACAAGUUGGAUAACAUGGAGGGGUACAAGAAGUCUAUUGAGAGGAUUGAGAAGGAGUCUGGUGAGUCUUUUACAACCAUGAUGGGAGCCGAGUAAUAAGGAAGGGGAGAUCCUUUGAGUUCUGUCUCGUCUGUUUUCGAAAGAUACCAAGUCUAGAGCUUUAGAGAUUCAUUGCGAGUUUUUUUCUUUUCUUC